GUCACACGCCGCAGCGUCCUAGUCGACGGCCUUCUCCUCAGCGGCUAUCCAGGUCUCAGCUGUUUGGAAGUCUCUAAGGUUGCGCCGGUGUGCAGAGGGUGUGCAGUUAUCUAAGAGGGAAACCACUAUUGUACAGUUAUCGGCUCAAGCUACGUUAUUUGCUCAUCGCCACUGAGAAACCUAAGUGAAUUUAGUUCAGAGCCAAGCUGAAGGAAUGUGUUGGAGGCCUUUUCUGAUUUUGCUGUUAAUCACAGUAGAUGUUAAAUCUGAGGAAAAAAGUGCAGAAGAAAAUGAAGCAGGAGGGGAGUUUUUAAGGAAUAUGAUACAACAAAUAAGAAAUGAGCAAGGAAAUCUCAAUUCUCAAAACAGUUACCCAAUAAGUCGUAUUGAAGAAGAUACAAAAGAGCUGCAGUAUUCUAAACCUAAACUCAAAGAGACUGGGCUGAAAAUAAUGGGACCAACUCCUCUACCAGAUACGGAUAACACAGAUGGACUGGCAUAUGGAUUACAUUCAAAUACUAACAACCAGCAUGGAAUAUUUAGCUCUGUUGGAAUACCUGCACCACCUCUCUCAAAAGAGGAGCUUUCAGCACUCUAUCAAGCAGCCAUUAAGAAAGGUGCUACCCUUGACCUGUCUGGCUUGACAGAUAUUGUAGCCAAGAAUCCUCAAGUUUCAUCAGGCCUUCAGGACCUCAGUAAAUUGCUACAAAACUAUGGUCCUGCAAGUACAAGUGGGGUCAUACCAGGAUAUUAUUAUUAUUUUUAUCCAAUCAAAGGUCUUGUGAAACAAGAAGAUUCAAACAAACAAAAUGAGGCCAGUGGGAUGAAGAAUGACAUGUCAACAUCACAGAGUAUGACUGAUAUGGCUCACAUGGAUGCCUCAGAAAUGUCAGAUUCACAGAAGAAUGUUGAACCUUUGUUCAUGGCAAUUGCUGGAUUUAUUGGGAUGGCAGUGAUGUACAUAGUUUCAGUACUGUUUCUACCAAAAUUUGGUUCUCUAAGAUCACGUGAAAUUGUUGCUCUGAAAAGUGCACCUGAUGAUCUUUCUGGCUUAACAAAAGUUGUUUUUGAAGCUUUAGACGGCAAGGACUGCAGUGAGAGGAUAAUAUGUGAAAUAGGCCAGACCAUCCGAAGAAUGCAACUGGACAGGAAAUCGAUAAGGGUUAUGGAGCUACUUCUUCCUCCAGGCCCUGCUAAACAAUUACAAAAAAUCCGGCAGGCAGCAUCUAAGAGAGAAAAGUGUGCAUUCGUGCAAUGCAGGUUGAAAGCCAGCAAGAAAACGCGAUAACAACUUUUUUUGGUUAUUUAUAGGCAUUAAAAUUCUAUUUAUUUCAUACACCAUUCAUCAUAUAUUAUACCAAACAUUCUAUGUAUAUAUGUAAA